CAUUGUAUGUUUCCAAGUUUCACAUUUUUAUUUUUCUUCAUGACUUCAUAAUCAUACACUUUCUCUUUUGAUUUUGCACGAAGUAAAACAUUUCUGUUUUGAUUUAUAAAUUACAGAAAAUUUUACUUAUCAUUUAUUCUUCAUCUUCUUUGUCAUAAUCAUGCUUCCUUGGCAUUCGUCAAUGAUUCUCCGGUCCCAUGGAAUUAAACCCAGACUAUCUGCCAAUCCUCUGUUCACUCUCAACCAAUCUUAUCUCCAUUUUAACACAAAUCCCAUUGAUACCCAAUCUCCAUCCCCAUCAUCAGAACCCCAAUCUUUAAUCAAAACAAUCUGUUCUCAAGUUUAUGAAUCCUAUUACCAACAAGCCCACUUAAGAUUUUCAACUCCCAAGCUCAACCUUAACAUCAAUCCUUAUUCUUUGACCCAUGAACAAGCCAUUUCCAUUGUUGCUUCUCUAGCAAAUGAAGCUGGUUCUAUGGUUGCUCUAAGUUUCUUUCACUGGGUACUUGAGAUCUCCAAGUUUAGACAUUUCAUGAGACUUUACAUUGUAACCACCACUUCUUUGAUUAAAAAUGGCAACUUUGACAAAGCCAAUGAGGUAAUGCAGUGUCUGGUAAGGAGUUUUGCUGAAGUUGGGAGGUUAAAGGAGGCUGUUGGGAUGGUUUUUGAGAUGCAAAAUCAAGGCUUGAAGCUAAAGGCUGAAACCUUGACCUGUAUAUUGGCCGUUGGGUUCGAAAUGGGGUUGCUUGACUAUUUGGAGAAAGUGUUCGAUGAAAUGUCUAAGAGAGGUGUGUGUGGGGAUUUUAGUAGUUAUAAAUUGCUGGUAGUUGGGUAUUGUAGAACGGGAAGGGUUCCAGAGGUUGAUAAGUGGUUGAGGGAAAUGCUUGAAAGAGGGUUCAUUGUUGAUAAUGCUACUUGCACAUUGGUUAUCAGUCUGUUUUGUGACAAGGGUUUUGUGAAUAGAGCAUUAUGGUAUUUUGAUAAGAUGGUGAAGAUGGGUUUUAAGCCAAAUUUGAUUAACUAUUCUUGUAUGAUAAAUGGAUUAUGUAAGAGGGGUACUAUAAAGCAAGCGUUUGGAAAACUGGAGGAAAUGGUUAGGGAAGGAUGGAAGCCUAAUGUGUAUGUACAUUCUGCUUUGAUUGAUGGGCUUUGCAAGAAAGGAUGGACUGACAAGGCUUUUAGGUUGUUCCUUAAGCUUGUUAGGAGUGAUGAUUACAAGCCUAAUGUGCAUACAUAUACUUCUAUGAUCAGUGGAUAUUGCUAUGAGGAGAAGUUGAACCGGGCGGAGAUGUUGUUGAGUAGAAUGAAAGAUCAGGGAUUGGUUCCUAACACCAACACAUAUACCACUCUUAUUGAUGGCCAUUGCAAAAUGGGGAAUUUUGAACGAGCAUAUGAAUUGAUGGAUGUAAUGGAUAAUGAAGGUUUUGCUCCUAAUAUAUGUACAUAUAAUGCAAUUAUUGAUGGCCUCUGUAAAAAGGGAAGGGUCCAAGAAGCCCAUGAACUGCUCAAGGAGGGCCUUCUACAUGGAUUGCAAGCUGAUAGAGUUACAUAUACCAUUCUCAUUACUCAACAUUGUAAGCAGACAGAUACUGAACUAGCUGUGGCAUUUUUGGGUAAGAUGGUGAAAGUUGGCCACCAGCCUGAUAUACAUUCAUAUAACACAUUGAUUGCUGCAUUCUGUAAGAAAAAGAAAAUGAAAGACAGUGAGAACCUUUUUGAAGAAGCAUUGCGGCUUGGAUUGGUUCCAACCAAGGAAACAUACACAUCCAUGAUAUGUGGAUACUGCAGAGAUGGAAAUAUAAGCUUGGGACUCAAGUUUUUCAACAAGAUGAAUGACUAUGGUUGUGCACCAGAUAGCAUCACAUAUGGAACUCUGAUCAGUGGACUUUGCAAAGAGUCUAGGUUGGAGGAGGCUUGCCAGUUAUAUGAGACUAUGAUGGACAAGGGGCUUUCUCCAUGUGAAGUAACUCGGUUGACAUUAGCUUAUGAGUAUUGCAAGAAAGGUGAUUCUGCCAUUGCCAUGGUUAUGUUGGAAAGACUAGAGAAAAAACUUUGGAUGCGGACGGUUAACACCUUGAUCAGGAAGCUUUGUAGCGAGAAGAAAGUAGGCAUAGCUACAUUAUUCUUUCAUAGAUUAUUGGAUAAGGAUCGCAAUGUUGAUCGUGUAACUUUGACAGCAUUCAUAACUGCAUGUUAUGAGACUGACAAGUUUGCUCUUGUUUCUGACCUGAAUGAAAGGAUCUCUAAAGGAAUUGGUUAGCAGACCAGCCUGGCUGCAGGGAAAAUGGGCCAUAUUUGCAAUAGAAAGCUUUUCGUCUAAAGCAGGUUGCAAGUUGACAUGAAGUUUUCCGCAGGACUGAAUCAUUUUUAGUUCUUUUAAAGGACGUUGAAUUGAUCCCUUUUCCUCGGCAGUUCAAGAUUCUUCAGUUCGUUUUCCUUCUGUUGGCAUUUCUGCUGUCAAUGGAAAAUUCAGAGGACCUAACUACAGAAGAAGCUAGUGGUUUGGAUGUAAUGAGCAGUGCACUACUGUAUCUUUAAUUAGUGUUUGAAAACAGAAACAAAAGUUUGCAUGAAUCAUAUUGAAUGACAUCCUGAUUUGCCCGUGUUUAUCCUCUCAAGUCUUACCAGAUGUUAUAAAUAGGAUCUCAGGACUAAGAAUGGGGACCUAAGGCAGAAAAGAAGAGGGCAAGCCUUUGGUAUCAUAUGAGGAAUCAAUUAAAACCAGGCAAGUUUAGUUGUCUGUUAUCGCUACUACAAGAAUUCCUCUCUUUUUUUUUUAAACAUUUUAACCUCCAAAAAUCAUGCUACCUGAUGAGAACAGUUUUUCAUUUUUUUUAAACCUCCAAAUUCCAACCGUGAUGGAAAUCAAAACUCAAAAUUGAUUUGUCUUUAUGAUGUC